UGAGGAAGAGGAGGAUGAAGCUGGAGCGGAGGAUGGGAGGAAGAGUGGCGUGAGACACACACACACACACAGGCUGGCUGCCGAGGACCUCGCGUACAUGCGCGCGCGCGUGUAUGUGUGUUUGCGUGCGUGCGUGCGUGUGUGUGAACGCGUGAAGUGACUGGGACUUUGGAGGGACUUCAUUAGCGGACCGAGACAAAGAGACGCGUUUGUAACGUCCUGAGGCACGCUGUAACGGAAAGUUGAAACUUUUCGGCGCCGCCACAGCUCGCGCUGCCGUGCCGGUCCCGGCUUUGUCUCUACACAGCGGAGCGCGACGAUACAUGCAGGAGUGAAAAUCAACAUCCGCUUGAUUUAAAAAAAAAAAAAAAAAGAAGAAAAAAUCACGCAAGAAGGGGAAGCCGACGGUGUGCGUUCGCGGGGAGGAGAGAGAGAGAAUGGCGGCCAACAUGUACCGCGUCGGAGAUUAUGUGUACUUCGAGAACUCGUCCAGUAAUCCCUACCUGAUCCGUCGAAUAGAAGAGCUCAACAAGACGGCCAAUGGAAACGUAGAAGCCAAGGUCGUGUGUCUCUUCAGGAGGAGAGAUAUAUCAAGCAAUCUCAACACUCUGGCUGAUAGCAAUGCUAGAGACUUUGAGGAGGAGUCUAAACAGCCACCAAUCACUGAUCAACAGAAACACCAGCUUAAACACAGAGAACUCUUCCUGUCCCGGCAGUUUGAGUCUCUUCCUGCCACACACAUACGAGGGAAAUGUAACGUCACACUUCUGAAUGAAACUGAUGUUUUAACAAGCUACUUGGAGCGAGAGGACUGUUUCUUCUACUCGUUGGUGUUUGACCCGGUUCAGAAGACCCUGCUGGCUGACCAGGGAGAGAUCAGGGUGGGCUCCAAAUAUCAGGCUGAGAUACCUGACAAAUUACCAGAAGGGGACUUGGACAGUCGAGUACAAGAAAAACUGGAGACGAAGGUAUGGGAUCCAGAUAACCAGCUGAAGGACUCUCAGAUAGAUCAGUUUCUGGUGGUGGCACGGGCUGUGGGGACGUUUGCACGUGCCUUAGACUGCAGCAGCUCCAUCCGCCAGCCAAGUCUUCACAUGAGUGCAGCAGCUGCAUCCCGAGACAUAACCCUGUUCCAUGCCAUGGACACACUGCAGAAGAAUGGUUAUGACUUGGCCAAGGCCAUGUCCACACUGGUGCCGCAGGGCGGCCCUGUGCUCUGCCGCGACGAGAUGGAAGAGUGGAGCGCCUCGGAAGCCAUGUUGUUCGAGGAAGCACUGGAAAAAUAUGGAAAGGACUUCAAUGACAUUCGCCAGGACUUUUUGCCUUGGAAGUCAUUGGCCAGUGUUGUUCAAUUCUAUUACAUGUGGAAAACCACAGACCGUUACAUCCAGCAGAAAAGACUGAAGGCAGCGGAAGCUGACAGCAAACUGAAACAGGUUUACAUCCCCACCUACACCAAGCCCAACCCUAACCAGAUCAUGGCUCCUAGUAACAAACCCGGUAUGAACGGAGCUGCAGGAUAUCAAAAAGGCCUGUGCUGCGAGAGCUGCCAUACUGCUCAGUCUCCUCAGUGGUAUGCCUGGGGUCCUCCAAACAUGCAGUGUCGACUCUGUGCCUCCUGCUGGAUUUACUGGAAGAAAUAUGGUGGGCUGAAGACACCCACUCAGUUAGAGGGGGCUACAAGAGCUGGCUCGGAUGCACCCUCACGUAGUCACAUGACUCGUCAGGAAGUGCAGGGCAUGUCCCCGUUCACCAAUAGCGCCGGUCGAGCCAAGCUUUUGGCUAAAAAUCGGCAGACAUUCAUUCUGCAGACCACCAAACUAACCCGCGUCGCCCGUCGCGUGUGCCAGGACAUCCUGCAGUCACGUCGUGCCGCCCGCCGCCCUUAUGCAUCUAUCAACGCCAAUGCCGUCAAAGCAGAGUGUAUGAUAAGACUCCCCAAAGUGGCAAAAAGUGCUAUAAAGAACCGCCCUGUUCCACGAACAUCUCUUGUUAACAUAGUGAAAGAAUUGGCUGUCCAGGCUCCCCUUAAACUCAAAGCUCCUAGAGGUGCUCCCACCCCAAUCAACCGUAACCAGGCCAACCAACCUCGCAGUGCGACUGCCCUGCUUGGCAAGAGACCCUUCGAUAGUGGGGGAGGACACUCCUUCUCCACCAACGGGAGGCCAUUUAUGAGCAGCAUGAGGACGACUGCCCAGUCAGUCAUAAAGCGGCAGAGAGUUAGUCAGGCAGAUGCCCCAAAUCCUGUAGUCUUUGUGGCUACUAAAGAAACCAGGGCCCUGAGGAAACACCUUUCUCAGGCUGAGAUGAGACGAGCAGCUAGGAAACCCAACAUCCCUGUCAGAGUGAAAAUUCCUCUGCCACCACGGCCAAUUCCUGUCCCUGUUCUGCCCUCUAGCACCAGUGAGCCGAUCGUGCUGGAGGACUAAUGACAUUUCUUUUAGCCUGCCUCACCUCACAUCUCCCCAUCUUCAUGCCCUCCUUUCUUUUACCCCCCUCCCCCUUUAUUUCCACAAAAAAUGUGUGCGCUGUCUUCCCCUCUAGUUCAUCAUUUCUUUAUCUUCUAGGUAUCCUAUUAUUUUUGUUUUUGUCUGUUCAUAUCAAUUUUCUAUCGCCCUUUCUUAACUUUUCCAUGCGGUCAUUCGAUCUGUGAGCUUUAUAACGAAACGUAUACACACAGAUGAGCUAUUGCCCCACAUAAUCACACAGCAGCACACAUCAAGCUUUCAUCAUAGACUUUGUAGUGUUUUAUUCCUGUAGUACAGUUUAUUCCCCAACCCCACUCUCUCCUCCCCUAUUAUUUUUUUUUUUCCAUUUUUUUUAAAUGCCGAAUAUUUUUAACUGUGUAAUUUAAAUCUGAUAAUGCGCAACAUGAAAUGAUGGUGAUAAAGCACACUUUAUUUUUGUCCUCUAGGUCUAUCUUUAUUUGUGUAAAUAUUAACAUUUUUCAGGAGUGAUAUCUUUAAUGCUGGUGUAGUAAGGGGGUGGGGUUUUCAGGUUGGGUGGGAUGGGGGUGCGGGUGGGUCUGGCAUGUCUCUCUUAUUCGUUCUUUCUCUUUGUUUAAACAAAUUCAGUAAGUAAGUGCUCCUUUUCUUCACACUAUAGUCAAUCUAAUGGUUGGAAACCUGUAGUGUUUCUUUUAGUGGCUUUGUUCUCUUUACCCCCAAUCUGAAGUGUCCCACUUGACUAAUCCUUAAAAGAGCACCACUAGACCACAGGGUGCAGAACGGCAUCCGGGUCGGCUCUUACUCCACGUGACCUGGAUCGUUGGAAUGAAGUUCAGGACGGCUUUUAUUUAUGGCCCUGCUCUCCUCUCUCUUGUGUUUUCUUGUUCAAUAUGUGAUUUUUCUCAUUUUCUUCUGUAAUAAGAAAUCAUUUCAAACCACACAUUUGAUGUACGCUGAUGUGUGCAAACAGUGACAGGAUGCUGAUAAGCCCUUAUCAAGGUAAAAAGGUGUUAGUGUAAGCUAAUGAAGUGGUGGGAGGGAGCAGGGUGGGUGGAGGUUGGUCAAAGAAAUCCUGUGGCAGCUUCUGCCCCCACCCCCCCUCCCCUUUCUUCUUUUUCUUCUUUUUCUUACCAGUAAAUGGUCUCACAAUCAGGUUCAGCCUCUGCCUCAUUUUUGGUCUUUUAUUUCUUGUAUCUGAAAUAAACAAAGCCAUAGAGUUUUUAAUUUUCAAUUAAUGUAAUCCCCUGGCUUGCUUACAAAAUGGCCCUGCCUGUAAGGUAACGUAGUGACUAGAUAAUGUAGUUAGAAAAGUGAGAGAGAAAGGAAGUUUUGGCUAUGAUAAAAGAUUGGGUUCUUAGUAAUGGCUCUAAUAGGUUGUAGACUGCUUUGAUAUUGACUCGUCCUCAUUUAUGGUUUCAUUUGUGCUUCUUAAGGAAUGAAUGACGUUCUCAUUCAGUGGGUGAUUUGUCAUCACCCAAUGAGUUCUACACAAUAUUCCCUUGUACAUUGUUUUCUUUUCUUUUUUUCCUCUCCCCUAGUGUUGGGGGUUUUGUAAGGUUUCUUAAACUGAGCGUGCACCGCACACUAAAAUUUAAAAUAAACGUUGAUCUGUCCACCGAAA